AUGGUUUUUGCUGAGUUUGCGGAGAGGCUUCAUUAUUGGCAUUUGAACCUUUUGGAGAGACUGAACGUGCAUCCAAGUCGUACGCUGUCGAAGUUUGGCUUUAGCCCUACAGCCAGCGGUUUUUCGAAUGGGGUAGACGGCCUGCAAUGGCUUGAACAUGCUGUCCGCUAUCGAUCAAAAAACAAGAAGAAGGGGAAAGAAUUGACUGACCUUGAACUGUUCAAGCUUUUAAAGAAACGUCUAGUGCACGACGAAAACUUGCUAGGGGUUGCGGACCGUCUACGAUUUCAAGAUGAGAAUGCGGCAAUGAAGCAACUCUCGGUCGUGUUUUACCGAGCUCUGCUCAAGGAUUGCUCGCCAGCAACCUCCAAGCUCAUGCUCGAUCACUGGCUGGGGUCCAUGGUCGUGGUGCCAGACGAUGUUUUCCUGGCCCUUGGAAUCAAAGUGGAGGAUCUCGUCGAUCAUCCAGCUGUUGUCUAUCAGUGGCUGAGACACAUUUCGGAAUACAGGAAAGCUGGAAGCAACAAGUACACCGUCGAACAAAUAAAAGAGAAGCUGGAGGGAGCAUCUGAGGAUCAAAUUCGCAAGUUCGUCGACGAAGCUCUAAAGCAAGAAGACCCGGUCCUCGUCAACAUGGUGAAAGAGGUGUGGGGAAUUGAACGACCCGGUACGGUGACCGAAACAGCCGUUGCUACCUGA